GUGAAAUGCUGAAACGUCAAAAAGGCAUCAACAUUUUCCAAGCGGAUGCGGUGUUUCCCAUAAUUUCUACAAAUUUAAGGAUAAACAAUAUUAAAAAGCUUCAAUAUUUCAUAAAAAUUGUAUCUUUAUAUUGUAGUUAAUCCAUUGUAUCAAAAAUUCAGUAAAUAAUGGACCUUCCCGUGACGGAACCGGUAAACUCUCGUGUCUACAUUGGUGGCCUUGGAGAGCAGGCUACCCUCCAGGACAUGGACGAGCUGUUCAAGGAGUACGAACCAUACCAGGACUUGAAUCUACUGCGCGGUUACGGGUUUGUACAGUUUCCCACAGAGGAAGGUGCCCGCAAAGCAAUCGAAGGCCUCAAUGGAACGAUGCACAAGGACAGGAAGCUGACGGUUAAAAUUGCGAACGAUAACCGCAAGAAGAAAGGAUUACUUCCGAGAAGUGGGGGAGGAGCCCAAGGGAAUGCCCCCAUUAGAGAUAGGUCGCCUAUCGACGGGAACCGGUACGCGGAAGGAUACCCUCAGAGGAGCAUCUACAGCAAUAUGUACCCGCGGAUGGACAUGGGAGGAUACUCGGACCCGAUGGCCGGUGGAAUGCAAGCCCCUCCACCGAAUCCACCGGAAAGUAACGACUGCGAGAUUAUCGUCGUGUCCAGGGAUUUAACGACAUAUGCCGAGAACAUUGAAGCACGGCUCAAGCGCAAUGGUUUGACCGCUGAUUUGCUUUUCCCAAAUGACGAUGUUCCGAUUGGAAAAGUACUCUCAAACAUUGCAUCCCGCGGAAGCUACUACGCAAUUCUCAUCACACCGGAAAAUCAGGAACGAAACAGCAUCACAGUGAACGUGUUGUACGGAGUUCCGGCAGAGCACCGGAACAUGCCCUCCGAGGACGCGUUGAUGUUUAUCUGCAAAGACUUCCAGGACAAAGUUCGCUCGGAACAGGCAGCUAAAUAUCGAGCCUCUAUAGCUGCUUCAGGUCCCGUAAAUCCCCACAUGAUGUACAACAAGCAUUCGCUGCAGGAUAAACAUCCGGAAGCAAUUCAGAACAUGCUCAACCUGCUGGCCAAUAACCGACAGCUUACGGUACUGCAAUACGAGCGUUUGAUCAAAUAUCUUACCGAGCGCAAGGAAUUGCAGAUCAAGUUCGAACUGGGUGAGGACACGGAUUCCAUUUCGAGCAGCAGUUUACUAUCCGGGAAAUCGAAGGCCGAAAGUGAAAAGGAACUGCAGAAAAAGAUCAUGGACAUUUUAAAUAAACCGUCUAUCGUUCCACCGAAAAACAAAAUCCUUCCUGAUACGGAGAAGGAUGUGCGUCCAGGUGGAUUCUCGUCGUUCGGCAAUAUGACGAUUGCGGCUGCUGCAGCAUCCGGAAGCUCAUCGGUAAGCAGUGCUGCUACUGGGGCAGGAAGCGGAAGUAGCAGUGCACCGAUUGCCUCCGCGGCGCCCAAGCUUCUGCACGAUCCAAAGGUGCAAAAAGCAUUAGACUCACUGCUCUUGUCCGGCUUGGGAGGUGCUCUCAAAUUUUGAGAAGAGCCCUCAGAUGACUGAAGGAAAGGUAAGCCUUUUCUUAGGUAUUUGUGAACAAUGAACCAGUAUUGUUUGGAGUUGGCACGUUCAGACAAUUAAGUGGUACAACACAAUCAUUCUCAGCAGGAUCAAUUCAGCGGCUUUGCAUGCUGGAGGAAUUGUAGUUUUAAAUGUAUGGAUCGUAAUUCAUUAUGAUAGUGGAAGAAUAAAUGAGUACUGAUGACAGGAGCA